AUGCCCGGUUGGGACAACGGUAGCAACUGGGGAUCCAAGGAAGACAAAGUCCGUCUCAUGAAAGCCAUCUGGGCCGCUGACUACAACGGUCAUUCCUUGAAGCCGCUCUUUGCUGAGUUCCUCAGUCAACAGGUUAGGUGCUUCAACCAGAAGACCCUCGGAGAGAACCAGACCGUCGUCAAUGGGAUUUUUUGGAACGCUGGCUUUCGCGUCAAGGAAGAGGACGAACACGACGUCUUGGAUUGGACAUUGGUUCCUGAAAAGACUAUUGGUGGUAUCUGGGACUACCUUGUCGAACAUGACGCCACCUUUUUUGGUGGCCCCAAAAAGAAGCAGAAGCUUGAGGAACUAGAAGAAGAAGAAGAAGAAACUUUGGACUGGGGUACCCCCGUUACCUCCGUUGCCAAGAAACCACCCGCCGUUGCCAUGAAACCACCCGCCGUUGCCGAGAAGCCACCCGCCGUUGCCGAGAAGCCUGAGAUCUUUAUCAAUGUCCUCGAAGCUAUGCACUUGAAGCGCGAAAGGCCCAUCGCUCUUGGUGACGACGUAUUCCCUGGAACAAAGAAGCCCAAUGUUACCGAAACGAAGAAGGCGGCGAAGAGGAAGGAAAAGCUUAUCAAGUUUUGUGGAGACAACAACAUGAACCUCGACGGUUCCAAGCGCCUUUUCCGUGAUGAAAUCGUCAGGAAGACCGAAGACCAGGAUACGAUUGCGUCGGCUGUCUACUUCAACACCUAUGUGAUUCACAACCUUAGGAACGGAAGGUACGACUUGGCCCUCCAGACGGCCCAGAAGGUCCAGGACACCUUGUCCGCAAGUACGAUAGAUUUUAACUCUAGUAGUCCAGGUUUUCACCUUUACACAAAGUCUUUCUAG